AUGGCAUUCUGGGGCGUGGAAUUCACGACCGCUCCACUGCUGGAGUGGCGGAUGUGGACGCCGUUUCUGGCGUUUGUCAGCUUCCAGUUCGUCUUCCUCAUCGUCCACAUUGCGGCGCAAGAUGCCCUCGUCGGUGUCAUCGUUUUUCUCUCCUGUGCCUCGUGCGUGUCCUGCAUCGUCUGGCGCCGUGCAGCGGUUCUGUUGGCGAAUUUCGUGAUGCAGUGCUUCCUCUUCUUCGUGCUGUUAGUUUGUGCAGUCACGGGGGCAUCGUCCAUGGCAGGACUGCACGAAAACAAGCGGUACAUGGCGCUCAUUGUCUUCCAAUUUCUGGCUUUCUCACUUGGCCUCGCAGCCUGCGGCGCUCUGGCGUACCGCUUCAAACGAACGGCGCCGGUCCUUCCCGUCGCUGCUCCCGUUCGAAAGCCGCCGAUCGAGUUCUGCGAGGAAGUUCGCCGGACUUCGUCUCACCAGAGUCUCCGUUCGAACGGCACCGACAGCGGACUGCUUACGACCUUGUUUGGAUUCGUUUCCUCCAGUAGUCCGUCGAUCUGUUGGAGUCAGUGCCUUUCGGACGCAGAGGUGAAGACUGCGAGUACCGAGGCGUCCCGGAGCCUCGCGCCAGCCUCUGAGAAAAACUCCCCCGCGCCGAUCGACAAAAGUGCUGCGCUGGGCCUCUGCAACCGCAGAGAGAUCUGCGCCGCUGAAGGUCGUGAGGGUGACUGGUUUCUGUCUCAGAGUCUCCGACAGGACCAGGACAAAGAGCAAGUCUAUCAGGACGCCCUCGGAAGCUUUCCGGCGUCGUCAAGUCUUGUCGCUUGCCAGGCGCCUUCUCAAAGGGAAGUCCCUCCCGCCGCCCAAGUGCCAGCUUGCGCUCUCUCCUCCCUAGCUCCGUGUCUCAACGCCUCUUUGGUUGGAGAAGAGGUGUCCUCUGCGGGAGCGCUCGGGGACGAGCGCGACUUGCAUCGGGAUUCGGGCGAGAGCAUCGUGGUCUUCAGCGCAACUGACGACAAGGGAGUCUUUUUCUUGCGAACCACCAGCGUCUCUCCUGCUCCUUCGCCGACGCACCUGGACAGCGAAGCGUCGUCCUUCGAUCUGGCUGCUCAACCUUUGGACGCGAACCCGCAGGCCGACGCGAGACGAGAACCGGAAUCCCUCCCGCCGCAACCUUCGGACACUCCAGCGACGACCGAGCCGAGACGCUACCGUGUAGGCGCGUAUUCGUGCGAAGACUAUGCCUACCGGCAAACGAGUGACGGCGAGCCGCCUGCUACGUAUAUCGUUCAGCUCUCCGACACGGACUGCAGUGGAGGUAACCGCUCGCCCGGGGCCGGGGCAGACGGAGCGAGAGGCUCGCCGAAAACUGGCCUGGCGAUCGAGCAAGGUCCGCCGUCUCCUCUUCAAGAUGCGUGGAAGGCUCUGAAAAGGAAGUCCCGGAGGUCUGUGCAGCAUGCGAUCCAUUACCUCAGCAGCGGUGAGGCGCCGUCCGAUCGCUCCGGGAACGCGGUUCCUGUUGAUGGCAGCGGGCACAACGAAUGCGGCCAAACUCCACAAGACUCACGAACGGCGCAGGGCGGAGAAUCGCCAACCGGGCCCAUCCACGAGGGCGCCAGUGUCAGCGGAGUAUCGAUUCCGACGGCGCUUGGAUCGUUCCGGCCGCAUAUUCACCGCGGCCUGCGAUCCCCAGUGGCGAUGUCUCCUGAAGACGUCAGCCCCUCUGCUCCUGGCAGCACAGCGACUGGCGAUCAAGACACGACAGCGGAGCCUAGUGGUAACGUUCAGACGCUGUCCGACACACUAGAAGCCGGCGGUUCACACGUGGAAUCCACGGUGACUACGCCGGGUGCCGAGGUGAAGGUGAGCCAUGGCGGGAACAAGAUAAAAUCGCGCGUGUUUCCCUCGUCGAGAAGCAGCGACAUUUUCCCGGAGCUACGAUCUGAUGAUCAGCUAGACCAAGAAGCUGAGCAUCUUUCGGCACAGUUACCCUCCGGACAUGUGCCUGAAGACGCCCGUACAGCUUGCGCAGGUGGCCGGAGCUCAGCGGCUUCCAAAACGGGGUGGGUGUCGGCGGGGAGUGAAGACCGCAGCUGUUCACAAAACACGAGAUACGCACCGCCAUCGCUUCUGCCCGGUGCGGCAGAGACCCAGGCGGAAUGGCCCGAAGAUGAUUUCUCAAGCGACGAAGGCAGCGUCAAUUUGUCCCUGAGUUCUUCGGAAGCAGAUUCCCAAGUGGGGACUCACCGCGACCAAUCUACUGGCACGUGUCCAUCGGAUUCCGCCAGUGCGGAUGAUUCCUCAAAUGCAUCUGCUGCACUCAUUCAGAAGCCAACAGGCUGCGAUAAUACACCCUCGAGGGUUCUACAGGGGGAAGGUGCCCUACCGUAG